AUGAAGAUUCAGAUCAGAAAACAUCGUCAUCACUUCCAGAUCGAGCAGCAUCUGAACUCCUGGAAAUACAAAAAAUAUUUGUUUAGUGUUUCAAAUUCUAAGGAGGAAAAAGAGAACAUCAGAGGGACUGUGUUUUUAAACAGAUCUCUCAAUCAGCGACUGACUCAUGUGGACCAUCUGGAGGAUCUUCUGGUACAGAGACAACACAUUUACUGCAGCCAUCUCAGCUCCAAGACUGCUCGGUUGGAGCUGGAGCAGCAGAUCCUGAAGCUCUGUGACGGUGGGAGCUUCACUGCAGAAGAAAAGGCUCAGGUGAAGGAGGUUCUAAAGCAGGACCAGGUCUGUGGAUCAACUCUGUUCUACCUCUGGAGCAGAGACCAGAGGAGGAACGGAGACCAGAUGUGGACCAUGCUGCAGGACCUCAGGGACAAGUCGAGACAGGAAUUCAAGAAAGAAGGAUAUGAGAAUCUCCUUGAUGACAUCCCAGAGCUGUAG